UCGUCGAAAACUAGAACUGAAAAGAUUUAUACCGUUAAUCGAUCCUUUUACACCAAGCGUAUCGGUCCCUCUUCGUUUCUGUUUCUCUGAAGCCAUUUCAUCAAAUAUACAGAUAAUGCUUGUCAAGCUUCAAUGAAGCAACAGCAACGACAAAAUUUCAGUGCAUCACUAGGAGGUCAUAUGACGUUUUUGAGGCGAGGUUGAGCAAAACUAUUUGUUAAAGUCAUUUCCGCUUUUCAUAGAAGCCACUGCAGCGAGUCCGGGCGGACCUAAAGUCAUGAUUUUGAAGUGAUUGAUCUAUUGAAGACUUCAAGGAGACUUCAUGAUUACAGCAGUUAUACUCUUUUCGAGUAUCCAUAGGUUUUGUGCAGUAUUAUGUGUUCGUUGUGUGAUAGAUGUUUUGCAGAGCAAACACUUGCGUGACAUUUCCAAGAAUCGAAUUGAAAAUUAAGACAGUGUUGCUCACCUCAAUUUCCGUUCAGCGUUUUUAACGUGAUGUUUAUACGAGUAUGGAAGAGCUUUUUUUAUAUAUCAAUGGUUUAUGGUAUAAUUACAAAAGGAGAGACAGCUCUGAUUUGUUCGUCUUCUAUCCAAAGUUCCAACGUUAAGGACUGUACCUGCAUUGUUGAGGGAACACAUUUUCCUACAGUAUUGAAUUUGUGUAGUCUAAAUAAUGACUAUUGUCGCGUGAUCUCAAAAGAUACUUCUCCUGGAAAACCGCUAAUAACAAUUUACCGUUACUACAUUGUUAAUUUGUUUCGAAAGAUACAAUCCUAUGACCUGAAAAAGAACUCCAAAAGAAUCAUACAGAACCCACCAAUUUGCAAGGAAAGGCUUUCGAGUUUCAGUACCGCUAACUGUCCUGAUAAAUCUAUGAGCUGUUUGGCCAGUAAAGUCAUGUAUGAAUGCAGUGAUGACCAACAAAACCCUGUUUGCUUAGAAUCUAAAUGGAAUGCAGACCUAUAUGGAUAUUUUGAUAAGUGGAGCAUACGGCAACCGUCAACAAGUGAUGCCAAAGCUUUGAGAACGGCAACUGCUAUCAUUGAGAUCAGAGGAGGACCAUGCUACUACUGUCCUAUACCUCAUGACCACACUGCUUCAGACCUCAUGACCUUAAUUGGGCUGAUUUGUGAUGAGCGAAUAACGGAUGAGGCCGGUCAUUUUUACAUUGGUAAUUUUCCCAGUCCUUCGCGUCCAACGUUAACAUUCCUCUUGAAUACAUCUCAUGCCUGCUACGAUUUUCAACCAAAGCAAAACUGCCCCGAAGAGUCAAACGUAUGCAAAGUGAGCAACACGUUUUCUUGUAAUUCGGCCAACUACAGUUUCAGCUUUCCAGCAUCUGCAAAUCAUUCAAUAUCGAAAUUCAUAUCUCCAAAUGUUGAAUUUAUAUUUGGUUUUUGCGCUCAUGAUGUCGACUGUUCUCAUCGACAUCCUACCGACCUUCGAGACGUGCUGAUUUGCAAAAAGACUUUAGAUAAAGAUGGCGSAAUAGCUACUGCUACUGCGGUCGCAUACUACAAGGACAUUGAUAGCAAGGUUAUUCUACGUCCUACUGGGUUCGUGUGGAGACUAAAAUACAGAGAUGGAAGCUUAAAGGCCGUUGUWAGCUUUCAAUGUGAUAUGGAUAAAUCCAUUUACAGCAACAACUUUGAAAUGAAUAUUUUUCCAAAGCCUCCAGUUCUCCUUACCCUAAAGCACAAGUGUUUUUGCCCAAAUCCACCACCGCAAUGUACAGGCGGAUCAGCACCGAAAACUCAGCCUUUUGUCAACCCAACAACCAAGCCGAAAGAUGAGACUGUAUACAUCGUUAUACCAGUAGCAGUAAUAAUUGUUUUAUUUGUUGUUGGGUUUAUUGUUAUGAAAGUCAUUGAUCAUCAACCUCAUCAUCCACCUGAUCCUUUCGUGGAGACACCUACAUCUAGCAGUAAUCCUCAAAGUACAUCCAAUAGUCCAUCCAAUAGUAAUCCUCAAAGUCAGUCAAACCAGACAACGCCCACUGCAUCCUGGCACUCCGCUCGUUCGUUUUUCAGUGCGACAAGUAUCGCAAGCUUACUAGGUCGUAGAUCCCCUAGACCUAAGACUACGUCCAAACGCAAAGUUCGUAGUGCCGAGACAACAUUCAACGAGCCGGCCGCGGAUCAAGAAAGAGAACCGCUGUUACCGAAAAAACACAGUACCAUGUAGUACACAGAGGUGUGGAUCUAUAACAAAGAAUGAUGAAUUAAGAAAUAUAAAACGGCGCGCGUGUCUGUCCUCUGAUAUAAACACGGUGGGAGUUCCAAAAACACGAGAGAAGCAAGCUUAGG